AAUUAUAUUAACCUAACUUUACUGUUUUGGGAAUGGAGUGACCCCUAAUGUUGAUAAAUUAUUAAUUUUUUUUUUUUAUUUGUAAGAUGAUAAUAUUGUGAAGAUGACUUCUAUAAAGAUUUUUCGACCUUGUGAAGAACUUUUUUUGAACUUGGCAAAGAAUAAUAGCAGUUUUGGUGUUCUUUUAUUGAACUCUCCUGUUAAGUUAAAUAAUAUAAAAUUAAGGAAAAUAUGGAAUCAAGUAAUUAAAGUUAUUUGUUAUGAAGCCAAUAUAAGAGUACUAGUUGAUGGAGGUUCAGAGUGUUGGAUGAAUUGGAAGGAAAAUUUGAAUAAAAAAAAGGAUGAUUUAUAUAUGCCACAUUUAUUGACUGGAGAUUUCGAUUCUAUAUCAACUGAAACGCUUGAGAAAUUGAAAAAAAUAAAUGGCGUUCAAGUUAUUCACACUCCUGAUCAAGAAGAAACUGACUUCACAAAGGCUUUAGAGAUAUUGAAUGAUUAUAAGGAACAAAAAAAAAUUGAGAUUGAUAAAAUUUAUGUUUUGACUGAGAUUGCUGGAAGGUUAGAUCAUUUAAUGGCAAACAUAAAUACAUUAUAUAGAUCAGAAAGUAUAUUGCCAAAUACCUCUGUUUUCCUACUUUGUAGUGAUUCUUUUUCAUGGCUUUUGAAACCUGGUACUUAUAAGAUUAGUAUUCCUGAAAUAUUGAGAGAAAAUAAAAAUUGGUGUAGUUUAGUUCCUAUAGGAUCACCAGCAGUGGUUACAACAUCUGGAUUGAAAUGGAAUUUAGAUAAAACGAAAUUGGAAUUUGGAGGAUUGAUCAGCACAUCUAACUCAUAUAAUGGUUCUGCUGAAGUUGAAAUAGAGACAAGUUCCUGUCUUUUGUGGACAAUGAGCACAAGAGGCCUCCUGUGAUAGCGUAAGCUCAAUAAACUCAUUUUUUAUAUUGUUUAUCUAAUAUAAUUUUUGUUGAUGGUGUUGUUGGAAUGUAAUAUUUUUACAUUUAUUGUUAAUAAAUUGAUUAUUUUUUAAAGGUUA